GCACUCAGACUUCCCUAGGCAAAGUUUUGAGGGCGCCAUGUUUUGACAGGAAGACGGUGGAAGACGACAUGGACAGUCGUUUAACAAGAAAAUGAAUCGAUUUGGAGCCGUAUGGAAUAUUGAAGGACGUUGACGCUCAAGAAUUUGGUCUCAACAGCUUAGACGAGCAGACAUCUGCAGCUGUGUGUCGGCCGAAUGGCAAUCCAUGUCCUUCCAGCCCUGCUCAAGCUGGACAUAGUCGCCUGUAGCACGGCAUCACCUUGAGGCGGCGUAGCAUGCGGGUAACACAGACAGCAAUCCAAUCGCUGUUGCCAACACCUGAGUAAGAAACGUACCUAUUGGCUGUGCUUAGAGAACAUUAGCAUAUUAUUUGCAUACGAUGUUGGAAGAGAUGCGGCAGGAAAAAAAGCACACGACAGAAUGUGGGGUGUCUUGCAGAGAUCUUUGUGUCACCCAUGUCAUGGCACGACACUGACAAGGAGCGGUCAUAUGACUUGGUCAGCUGACGUGAAGUCACCUCCUGAUUCGCUGUCGCUGCCAGGAAACACUGAAGUGCCAGCAGGUGCAGGCAAUCAGUGGCUCGUGCUGUGGCUGGUCAAAAAAAAAGCGGCACACUUAAAACCCUUUUGGAAAUCGACCUAAAGAAAACAACUUUUCGGUCAGGUUUUUAUAGACUGCUUUGGUUCUGCACCAAGCAAAGAACCCCCCACAGAAGCGUCAACAAACUGUAGAGAUAUGGCCUGGCGACGCUGGUCUCCCUCCAACUGCUGCUCUUCAGUCACUUCUCGUUCUCCUAUCACCACGGCCGCAGCUGAGUUUUCGCUCUGCGUUUUUAAGCUUCCAGGCAAUGGAGCCCUCAUUGCUGUGUGAAUCCAAAAAGUGUUCCUAAAUACGGUAUCGGCAAAGUUGGAAAAACAUAAAAAUGUCCAUCAAUAUUGAAAAGUGUAGAAAAUAUAAGACGUCUAAAAUGCAUCACAACAUGAAUAAUUCCAUAACUUUUUGGAGUAGAGAUCUUUUCGACUGGAAACCGGUCCUCCUUAUAAAGGAGUGUCUGGCUCAUGCAUACUGCCGACCCACAUUGUGAUCAGUAAGCACAAUGUGUGAAGCAUGCACUUGCUCUUGCGUGUACAUUUCUGUGUUUUACGUGUAAAUUUAUGCGUUUUACAUUUGUUACGACCAGAAAUCAAUUCAAUCCAUAAACAUAGUCUAAACAGGCAAAACCCUGCAGUUAUGCAUCAACAGCAUCUACUGCAAAGGCUGUCGGGGAGACAGUAACCUACUGGUUUUUAUUCACUUAGUGAAUAGUCAAACACUCGGCACUAGAUUGAUGAGAAAGGGGUCAUGAAGCCAGAAAUAGUAGCUUGUACGACGUUGUGAAUCUAGAGACUUGAUUUAUAAUGUCGCAUUUACUGUCAACAGUCAGAAGAGCGCUGUAGAGAGAACACAGUGCGGGAGGGGGAUUAAAGAUUAAAGCGGGAAAGAGAGGACAGGGAGAAAAAGGAGACAACGUGUAGAGUGAGACAGAUCUCUCCCAGAGGAGUUCAAGCUCUCAGAGGGAGUCGGCAGUGGAAGACGGUAGCAGCAGGAAAACAAACAGCUACACAUUUUACAUUUGGUGCUGGAGAACACCAUCCUUCAAUGUGAGGCAAGUGUGGGCGACGGGGGACACAAAUCGGGGGGAAAAAGCACCACUGGAUUCAAGAAAUUGAUCUUUUUCUCUUCCAAGACAUGAGCAAAGACAGGAGAACAUAGCUGGAGACGAGAAGAAUUAAAGAACCCUCAAGCAACCGGCCAGUUCUCUAACCCAGCAGGCAAGAUGUCCAAGACAUCGUCCCGUCUGGGUCGACCUGGAUCAGCAGGAUCCAAAAACUUCACCCCAAGAAAGGACCUGCAAGGUAACCGCUCAUGCAUGCUGCGCAUCGGAGAGAGGCUGAUGAGAGCUGGCAGCGAAGGAAACUUGGCCCAAAGGCCUUUUCCCACCUCCAGCCACAACCAAAACAAGGCUUCUGGAUUAGGACAAGGACCUCAUGGAGCAAGCGAAGUGGAUGCUGCGGAGGACAAAGACCUGCAGCCUGCAGGGAAAAAUCGCAGUGAAGUGCCAUCCGUUGCCCCCGCCGCUUCAGCUGCACAUGGUGAAUCUGAGCAUCAGCUACCCAAGAAACGUCACACCGACAACCACUUGAUGUAUAAUCUUCGCGGGGUUCCCAGCUCUCCCAUCACGUUACCUCGAAGCUACGCUGCUGCCAGCAGUCGGGAGAGUGAGCUGGAGAACCUGCUGAUGCAGCACUCUGAGGUGGAGCGGAAGAAGGAAGUGUUUCUGGAUCACCUGAGACAGAAGUACCCACAUCACGCCGACAUUAUCAUCGGACACCAGGAACGCAUGAAGGAGCAGUUAAGGAGCCCCCGGCCGUCUGAAAGCACCACCCGUGAAGGUGUGUUGGCUGCAGAGAACAUGUCUGAUGGAGACUCGCUGACCCUGACAGUUCCUUUCUCCAGGGGUUGUAAAGCUCGAUCGAGUCUGCCUGUUGGACGGUCAAGCGGCCAACCAAGAGAGUCACGUGGUGUGCUGUAUCUGCAGUAUGGAGACGAGACAAAGCAGAUCCGGAUGCCCGCAGAGAUCAGCAGUGAGGACGCUCUGCGGGCUCUUUUUGUCGCUGCCUUUCCUCAGCAGCUCACCGCCAAGAUGCUUCAGUCGCCCAACAUGGCCAUUUACAUUAAAGACACACGUCGCAACGUUUAUUUUGACCUGGACGAUGUCAGAAACAUCACAUCCCACUCCUGUCUGAAGGUUUAUCAUAAAGAUCCUUUGCAUGUGUUCAACCGUCACGCUCGGCCUGCCACCACAGAGGGAAGGAUAUCAAAACAAGUACUAUAUGGCAGCCACAGUCCGGUCCACACCCUGUCAUCGUCCAGUCGUGGCACCCUGCAGUGCUCCAUGUCGCCACCUAUGGUGCGUUCCAUGCCCUCCUCUCCAUCCAGGACGGUCUACGGAGGGAGGAGCACACAAAGCCGAGCAGGGGUGAUGGACGCCGGCAAUGCUACGUUGCUCCGAGACCGGCUCUCCGGUGCGGGGCGAUCCAGCAGCAUAUGCAGCAGCAGCGCUAUACUCGAGAGGAGAGAUGUCAAACCUGAUGAAGAUGUUGGCAACAACAAGAGCAUGGCCCUGGUGGUCCGUGCGGACGGAGGACCGUAUUACCCAGAAUCCUACAGCAGCUUUGCUUCCUACCAGUGUAGCGCUCCUGCAUCCCUCGCCGCAGACAUGGUUGAUACUGGGAUCACUGGGAUUCCUGGGGGCUUACAACAGUACCGCGCUUCCAUCAAGCCUCUGGUGGGAUACAGGGACGGCAUGGACCACCAGACGCAAUCCCUGCACAGACAAAAAGGCAGGAAGUAUAGUGACAGCCAACUUCCUCCAUUCGGAACCAAAACGCCGCCUCCAUCCCCACUCAGAGUGAAUGAAGUCAAGAUGGUUGAGGGACAGAUCAUUGGAGGGGUGGGCCUUGUGUUGCCUGAGAGAAUGUCCCCGAUUCGUCGUUCGCAACACCGGGAAAGCAACGGUGCUCCCGUGGAGAUAAUCAACAGAAGCAGAGGGAGUGGUUCAUCAUCAUCCACCUCUUCUGUAUUUGUGGACAUCCAACCGACACAAUCUGAACAUUUGCUUCAGGGUCACAUGACUGCCUUUCAUACUCAGAGUGAGAGAAUGAAGGCCAUGGAGGAGCAAAUUGCCAGUUUGGCAGGGCUGGUCCACCAUGCCUUGUCUAUGGGAGGAGAUCAUCCAAGAGUCCAAAGCCUCGUCAGCGAGAGUGGCGAGAAAAAUCCACCUGCAGUUCCGUCCCAGUCGCAAGUGACCAGUGCUUUAACUGAAGGAACGGGUUCCACCUCCUUGGCUCUGCAGGCUCUGCCCACUGAUGGCGAGGUGCAGCAGAGCUUGGCGCAAGUCAAGAAAAAUGUGUCUGAACUACGACUGCAACUCAAUCAGCUCAGACACUUACAGGUAUCACACCAGCACAUGAUGAGGUCCAUGCUGCGGAUGGUUGACCAGGAGCUGGUGUCGUUGAUGUCUGAUCAUCUGUCUCAGUCCGAGGAGAGAACAUGUGGACGAAAAGCUGAGAUUGAGGGAGAAAGGCUGCACUACCUUGCUACAGAGGAGAGAAUACUGAAACAGCUCAGUGACCUGGAGGAUUAUGUGAAUCACUUGCAAACAAGCACGGUUUCCUUUCCUGGCCAGUUGCCGAUCGCUCUGAGAGAUGUGGAGGAGGGAGCAGUGAAUCUACGCAGGGUUGGAGAGACUCUGGCCGUCCUUAAAGAAGAGUUUCCAGAACUUCAGGUGAAGAUGCGUUCAGUGCUCAGGCUGGAGAUGGAUGCAGUGCGCUUUUUGAAGGAGGAGCCCCACAAGAUGGACUCCAUGCUAAAAAGGGUCAAAGCCCUGACUGAAGCUCUCAGCUCUCUCCGCAGAUGCGUAUCAGAAUCCACUCCCCCUGCCAGAGCACCCCAAGCCGUACAAGCAGACCAGGGUCCCCAGAUGCCGAAGAGUCCCAAUAGCUCCCCAAAACCCCAGCCUCGAUCAUCAAUCAAAGGCCCUCCUCCAAUUCCACCCAGCAACUUAACACAGCCUGAACUUAGCUUCACAGGCUCAAGUUCUCCAGUCACGGCACGCAGAGUUAAGACCACGGCAGCCACUGGCAUCCACGCCCACCAGCACAGCCCACCACUGACGCCCACCCAUGGACGGGACCUACCAACUGUGGCCAAGGUGAGUCCUCGCAGUCGAGAGGGCAGCCCUGCCCUGCAGAAGCGUCCCGGUCCUCUCCAGUCCAGUGAACUUCACAGAUGGAGUCACACCGUAAACCAAGUCCAAACAUCCUUGGAGACCACGGCCAAACUAACCGAGAGUACAGCGAGAGAAACCCCAGAAGGGAGUCUCGAAAGCAGUGUGAGCCGACCCAACCGGGCCUCAAACACCACCAAAGAUCUAGACCAAGGCCUUCAGGAUGUCCAAUCCAGUGUGAUGAAAUCCGUCGCUGACCAGGAUCUGUCCCGUAAUGGAGUGGGUCGGUCAGAUUUGGCUGCCGGGGAUGUCAAUCCCUCAACUUUCAAGAAAGAAAUGGAGAAGCCCUUGGACCUGACACUGCAAGCUUCAGUGUCUGGAACCCAGGACCACAAACCGGCACAGCAAAGUGAUGAAGUGGAUUCCUCCCUGCUGAAGCCCCCAGCUGCAACAGCUACCGUGGAUCCGCCACCAUCAGCCUCUCCCGGCACCGGACGGAGUCCACGGCCGCAGGUGGAGAAACCUCGACGCUCAAGUGUGGAAAAGAAGCAGAGUCCUGAUAGGAGUCAGUUUUCUCCGACUCCGCCAAGAAGGUCGCACGCUGCAAGCAGCAGUCUUACCAAAGAAAGGAGUGGAGAGGUGAGCUUCACCACCAGAAAAGAAGCUGUUGGAUCACAGGAUGGUGGUGAAAAAGAGCCACCUGUUAUUCCUCAACCCAAACCCCCCCGACAACCCCCAGAGGUCAAACCCAAACCCACCAAUCUUCCAGCCUCGGAGCACACGGAUGAUGAGGAUGAUAAAAGGAUUCUGAAAGAACUGCAGGUUACUGCAAAAACAUCCAGCAAAACACUGACCACAACAGGCCCAGAAUCAAAGGCCUCCAGCUCUUCAGCUCAGCGAUCCCACACCACAUCUUGUCACUCAUUUCCAGUUUUUGACUCACCUGAAAAAACAUCGAAGCCUGCCCAGAAGCAACCUAGUCAGGCGGACAUCAGAGGUACUAGAGCCGCUGGCGUCGGUAACCAUUCAGUCGUUGCUUUGCGUGCUUCUAAGAUCCCAGCCUUGUGCCGUAGUUGUGGGAAACAGCCGUCUCCUCCCGACUCGUUAUCCGCCGCAGAUAGCCUCCAGACCUCCUCCUCUUCCUCAUCCUCCUCCUCUUCUUCUGCUUCAUCACUCGCAGCUUCUUCCACCUCCUCCAGCGGGAAGCGCUUUCUCCUCUCCCCUCCUUCCGGCACCUCCAGGUGUGCUUCCCCUUCGUCUUCUCCUUCCUGCACUCGGCGGGCCAAGCAGGCUGACCUGGGCCCUCCCUCGUCCUCCUCCGCCCCGCCUUGUUCCUUAUCGCCCUCUUCUCCGUGUUCCUCCAAGUCCCUGAUCCCGUCUCUGAACUUGAGUCGUCUGCUCCCCUCGUCUAGCCGAGCCUCGUCGGCGUCCCGCGGGACAAAGAACCCUAAAGGAGGGGCUCACAGCAGCAAACGUCAGCAGGACCUCGCCCACACCUCCAAUGCCGCCGCCUCCGCCUCUCAGCUCACCUAUUACUCUUCUUCAUCCUCACCGUGCUCCUCUACCUCCUCCUCUUCCUCCCCGCCGUCACCCCCCUCCUCUCUCCUCCACAACAUGGCGGGAGGUCACGAAGGGAGGGGUCUUCCAGCAUCCUCGUCCAACUCCGCUCCUCUCAAGAAAUGUGUUGGAGUCCAAAGUAGCGACACACCAUGCCGGUAACCUCCAACAUUGACGCCGAGAGAUAAGCAGACUUCCUGUCACCAGAUCACUUCCUGUCACCAGACGCCUGGAAAGCAGGAAAACACAGUAAACCUCCUCUGUAAUCCGCACAUCUUCCAAGGUUUUACAUUAAAUAACACAACAGGGCUCCAUAACGUCUUUUUAAACAAGUGGCAAAUAAGUAGUACAUAUUACAUCAUACAUAUUCCUUAGUUCUAAUUGAAUUUAUGAAGUGUCAUAUAUACUAAAUAAUAAUAAUAUAUCUUCUAAUUGGAGAAAUGAUGUCAUUGUUUUUCAUGUUUGUCUCCGCAGUUAGAUAGUUAGUGUUUACUUGCAUGGUCCACUAUCUUAGUUUCUUAGUUUAGGUCUUAGUUUCAUUUAGAUUCAACCAUCCAGCUUUUUUCUAUGCCGCUUAUCCUCACUGUUUCAGACCCCGCUUUCAUAUGGUUGGUAAUUAUUCAUGUACAUAUAUAGACUUCAGGGACAUCCAAUUUAAAUGUCAACAACUUGAUAAAUAAGUAAAAUGAUAUAUGAAGUAUUUGAGUACUAUGUUAAAGGGUAAAACGGUGCUGUAGUGACCAUCCUAGAUGAUAACUGGCCCUGUCAGUCAAAUCCAUCAACAAAUUCAGACAUUAAACUUGACUGGGUGGUUUGUUUUGAGCAGAAGGAAACCACACGGCUGUGGGAGCCUGCUGUGGUAUUUAGUAUUUGGGGUCAUGGUAUAGAAGACGGAACACGAGUACAUCAAUAAAGUCUAAAUAAUAUCGGUUCUUUUAGCACUAAAGUAACUGCACUUGACUAAGGUAUCAAAGUAUUGUUGGAGUUCUUUGGACUGCUUUGAAAAGAGUAAAAGCUGGCGGUCCUGGUCCUGGUCUCUCCUAUUUUCCCCGUUCCUAUGCAAAUGUUUGUCUUUAUUGUCGGGUUGCAUAUGUACAGUAAACCUCUUCAGGUGUUUUAGUGUAUCUCCUCGAGUCGUCCAUGAAUACCUCCAGUCUAUACAUAUUACACACGUAACAUGUAGUUAUAGCACAAACGUACCUUCCAGUUGAACAAAGAAGAGUAACAUCUACGGAGUGUUGUAUUAUUAUUUUUAUUAAUGUGACAAAUACGUUCUGGCAAUGUAUUUUGCUAGCUUGUUUUCUAUUAAUUGAGGAAAUAAAUACAGCAAUAAGAGUAGAAUUGUAAUAUCUGAGCCCCUUGGAAGCAUUCCAACACUUCCAUGGAUUUAAAAUGAGCUGAAUAGGAACCAUGAAGGAAUAGGAAUCAUCUUAAUACCUUUGGAAUAUCACCAUGGAUCUCCUGGGGGAACAACCCGCUCCCUCCCUUGGACUUUGUCAUAGAUGGACUUGAUACUUCCCAAAAAAGAGUACAGUUUGUGUGUAGUGCUGAAUGUGUACAAGAGCUAGUGCUCAAUGACCAUGGCUGUCUGGUUGUUUGCCAGUAGAGGGCGCUGUAAAGCAGGAUGAAUAGCCUCCACCUCCUGCUGUCAUCCUCCACAUACGCCAGAUGUUGCGAUGAUGAGUAUUAUUGUAUAUGAAAGGGAAUGGCCACAAAAUGUGUACAAUAUGAAUAAAAGC